AUGGGUCACCCAGCGGGUCUUCGCGCGGGAACGCGCUAUGCGUUCAGCAGAAACUUCCGUGAGAAGGGUAUGAUCAAGCUCUCCACGUACCUUCGCCAGUACAGAGUCGGAGAUAUCGUCGACAUCAAGACCAACGGUGCCGUCCAGAAGGGUAUGCCUCACAAGGUCUACCACGGCAAGACCGGUGUCAUCUACAACGUCACCAAGUCCGCCGUCGGUAUCAUCAUCUACAAGAAGGUGAAGCACCGCUACAUCGAGAAGCGCAUCAACAUCCGCGUCGAGCACAUCUCCCCCUCCCGUUCGAGAGACGACUUCAUCCGCCGUGUCAAGGAGAACGCCGCCCUGAAGAAGAAGGCUCAGGCCGAGGGCAAGGCCCUCACCCUCAAGCGCCUCCCUCUCAUGCCCCGUGAGGCCCGUACCGUCGACUUCAAGGAGAACAAGCCCCAGACGGUCACCCCUCUCCCCUACGAGACGACGAUUUAG